UAGAGAGAAGGGAGAGAGCAAGCAAGCCCGAAAACCUCAAACUCCCCCCAGCCUGCGUGGCCCCAAAAAAGAAAUGACGUCCACAAGUGACAUGGGUCCGAGGCUACGGCUGAUGUUAUAAAAGCACCGAGCGGGUCACCUGUAAGGGUGGAUUCUACACACAACCUACAUACUGAAAACCCAGUGACGGCAUCCAUUCACAGCACUCGCCGCCGAGAGCAAGCGACCCAGACCUAGAUUCGCCGAGUUGUUGGGCCAACACGAAAUCUCCUCCUCUCCCACGAACUUUCCGGCCGCCGGAUCUAACGCGGGUCAUUCCUCCGUCAGUGCCCGUGAGCCGAAAGAAACGAGGAACCGUUUUUUCGGCUGGAACGGUUCUGUUCGUGCCAUAGCAACGUCGUCUGUCGUCCCAUGUUCCGCUGGUCAGCUUUAAUUGUGCUACACUGUGAUAAAGGUGGUGCUCUUCGAAAGUGACGAGUUGGAGUAUUAGAUUAUCCGCAAGAGGUCUAAAAACACGUGGUUUUCCCGGACUGUUUCAUAUAACCAAACAGAAAUCUGAAAUGACGACCGAAAUCACUAGGGGUCACCCAGACGUCAUCGACCUUGACCUUCCAGGGAUGAAGAAGCGCCACAACCUGUCAGACACCAUAGACCUCAUCAAACAGACCGAAUACGCACCGUUGCCAAAGGGAGAACUUCUCAAGGGCGAGAUCAUCAAUGCCCAGCCGACGACAACGACAACGGCGCCUAUCAAGCCCGCACCUAAGGACGUUCCUGAGAAAGAGUUCCGAACGCAGGUUGUAUGGAGGAAUGUAGCCAUCUUCGCUGCCCUGCACUCCAUGGCCAUAUAUGGCUUUUACGUGUCUUUGGUGCAUGCCAUGUGGACAACGUGGUUGGUUGCUUUCGUCUGGGGCCAGUGCGCGGGUCUGGGUGUCACAGCAGGAGCCCACAGGCUAUGGUCCCACAGGGCAUACAAAGCUCGCUUUCCACUUAGGGUUGUCCUCAUGAUCUUCAACUGCAUGGCAUGCCAGAACGAUCUGUACGAGUGGACUCGGGAUCACCGCGUGCACCACAAAUUCUCCGAAACGCACGCCGAUCCUCACAAUGUCAACCGCGGGUUCUUCUUCGCGCACAUGGGCUGGCUCAUGUGCAAGAAGCAUCCAGACGUCAUGAAGAAGGGCAAGGCAGUCGACUGCUCGGACCUACUCAGAGAUCCCGUCAUUAGGUUCCAGAAGAAGUACUACGUCCUACUGGCGACGUUCUUUUGCUUCUACCUGCCAACGAUCGUUCCUCAUCACCUCUUCGGCGAAUCUUACUGGAACGCCUUCUUCGUCUCCACCAUGCUACGCUACGUGUUCUCCCUCAACUUCACGUGGUUCGUCAACAGCGCAGCCCACCUGUGGGGCCAGAAGCCCUACGACAAGCACAUCUCGCCCGUGGAGAACCGCUUCGUGUCAAUGGUCGCCAUGGGCGAAGGUUUCCACAACUACCAUCACACCUUCCCUUGGGACUACUCCACGAGCGAACUGGGCUGGGAGAUCAACUUCACCACUAUGUUCAUCGACUUCAUGUCUAAGAUUGGCCUUGCGUACGACCUGAAGACAGUGCCGAAAGACGUCGUCGAAAAGAGGAAAGCCAGAACGGGAGACCACAGCUACGACCAUCGUAGCCAGCAGCACCAGAACGGGCAUGUUGAGCAUCGAGGUUGAAACCACUCAACGAUCCACCUACUUCAUCAACACAUAUCAAGUCACUAGAUAGUGUUGUGGCAUACCACUGCUAGAUCGAAAGAACUUGUGAAACACCGACAGCGUGCCGCCCUUGCAUAACAUGUUAUACUCUCGUCCCAUGACGACAACGUGCAGAGCCCUCACACUUUAGGGGAAAAGGGCAAUCGCAUUCUCCUUCUGGUUGCAAACGCGUUCUCGAGGAAAUUAAUGGAAUAACUUGGUCGUCUAUCGCUGCAAAGGGAGAGGAAGUUAAGGUACAGGGUUCGUUGUCUUUGCGCCACAUGCGUAGCUCGAAAACAGCACCCAGAGUCUUUUAUUUUCGAAAUGACAACUCGAUGAUACGUUUUAAUACUCGAGUAUUUUUUUUCUCUUCUUCUUCUUGAAAUAAGAGCGAGCACUGCCGUUGUUUUUAGCACUGAGUAUUUCACAGGAUUCUACUCCAGGUAGUGCGGCCGUACGAUCUUGUGAAAUUGUGAGUCCCGUUCAACGCACUCCGAUUUGUCUGUUGCCACUUGUGGCUACACAAUCUGUUGUUAGCAGACAUGAUUAGAUGGUCAACGGAGACUAGUGCCUCAUUUGUACAUAGUAUAAAGUUGUAUUAAAAAGAGAAAUAAAUAUGCGUAUCUGUA